AUGGAGAGGAAGUUCAUUUCGGUGGUUAUUUUGGGGAUAUGUUUGGUGUUGGGAAUGUCCCAAUAUGUAGAAGGAAGGAACUUGAAGAAGAAAGCAAAGGAAGAGGUGAAAAAGCCAGAAUGGUUCUUUGAUAAUGGAGGGUCAUCGGUUGGUAGUGUUGGAGGAGCUGGUGGGUAUGGAGGAGGUAGUGGGUUAGGAGGUGGAGAUGGAGGAGAUAGUGGUUUAGGAGGUGGAUAUGGAGGAGGUAGUGGUUUAGGAGGUGGAUAUGGAGGAGGUAGUGGAUUAGGUGGUGGAUAUGGAGGAGGUAGUGGUUUAGGUGGUGGAUAUGGAGGAGGAGCCGGAGGUGGUAGUGGCAUUGUGGGUGGAAUUGGUGGAGGUAUUUACAAAGGGUUUGGAAUUGGAGGAGGUGUCGGAGGGAUUGGAGGUGGUGUUGGUGCUAUAGGUGGAGUUGGUGGUUUCAUUGGUGGUCACAAGAAUAUUGUUGCCGCCAAUAAGCCUUAA